UGAUGAUUUUAUUUUAUUGAUUGAAAAGGUAGAGCAACUGCGAGUAUGGAGUCCUUUCUAAUCUCAAAUUUAUUUAUUUGUAAUUAUCAGGUGAUUGGCGUCAAGCGGCCAAGGCCAAAUUUCCCUGUCGACAACUGGCUGCCAGCUCCUCCUUCGUUGCCCUAUCAACUUCCCCAAUCCCACCCUCACAUUCCCAGGCUUGGUCCUUCAAUAUCUUCGUCUAAUGACCAUGGUGUGUUCAAUCUUGAAACAGCAUCCAGAGACCCAAUGCCAACUAGCCCUUUGGAGCUGAAAAUGGUGAAAAGCUGUGUUAAUGAUCAUGGGAACCCUACUGGCAAUGGCAGUGCCCUGAUCACAUUGGGCUCUCCAACAACUCCUUUGCCAUCAACUCAGAAAAGUUAUCAACCAGACUUCUCCAAAUUCAAGCAAUACCCUUUCCAAGAAAGGAAGGAAAGCUCUGAUGUGUUAUUCCAAACGUCAUCAGAAUCAGAGGGAUCGGUUCACAAGAGGAGUUUCUUUACCUUCUUAUUAAAACCAGAUGAGCAAAGGGAUGCAGCCGAAGCCACACCUAGUUUCAAAAAUGGGAAAUGUGCAAAAACAGGAGAUUUCAUUGAUCUUACCUUAAAGCUCUAAAUUGGUGCAUGAUGCGCCUCUUUAAUUAAGGGAUGUAGUCCCCCAAAAAAAUCUUGAUUAA